UGAUGAUGAUGAUGAUGAUUGUCCUUUUGGACAUCUACCAUUAAUCACUCGCUCACCACUUUUGUUGCUGUUUGUUGUUGUUGCUGCUGCUGUAGACGUUUUCAUCCACCCCCCUAUCGUUAGAACCAGUUUAGUGUCCGUUUUAAUCAGUGAUAAUAAUGUCGUGGUAGUGUUCAAAUAGACUGUUCAUCUUGAAGUUGUUAGUUUUAGUGGGUACAUCCUGCCUUUGGAAUUAUUCCCUCUUUUGAUGUGCCAUAAAAACGAAACCAUGACGUCGCCAGUAAGUUCCACAAAAUUGGCAAGCGACAACGAAAACAUCCCCACAUCGCCCUCAUCCCGGACCCUAAAUUUCUCAAUAGCAAAAAUAAUGGAACCCGAUAGGAAACAAAACGCUAAAGAGGAAAAGAGCAUUAAUUUCUCCUCCUACUCAACGGCGUUUCAUUCGGCGUUUAAAAAGUACGUACCUGACAUGCUUCGCUCGCCAGAACUGCUACAAAACUACCCUCUAGUCUACUAUCAUCCUAGUCAACUGGUGUUAGGUUCAGUAUCAUUAUAUGGAUCUCUAGUGCAAGAUCAGAGCGAGGGUGCGCCCUCAAUAGCACCUGCAGCACUACCGUUUAGUCCAAAUAAGUCUUGUACAGUGAAAGUCCCUUCGAAAGCUACCCAUGGAGCAUCGACAGUCAAUAAUUCAUCGACGAGUCCAACAAACCAAACGAACCCUUCAACAGCUGCUGCGUUACCUCAUGCCAAACAGAAAAGUUUCGAAUGUGGAGAGUGUGGAAAAGUGUUUAAUGCCCACUAUAAUUUGACCAGGCAUAUGCCAGUGCAUACCGGUGCCAGACCUUUUGUAUGUAAAAUUUGUGGUAAAGGUUUUAGGCAAGCCUCGACUUUGUGCAGGCAUAAGAUCAUUCACACCUCGGAAAAACCUCAUAAAUGUCACACGUGUGGAAAGGCGUUUAAUCGCUCUUCGACCCUUAACACGCAUGCGCGAAUUCACGCGGGGUAUAAGCCGUUUGUAUGCGAGUUUUGCGGUAAGGGAUUCCAUCAAAAAGGGAAUUACAAGAAUCACAAGCUGACUCAUAGUGGGGAGAAGGCGUAUAAAUGUUCGGUUUGUUCAAAGGCCUUUCAUCAAGUGUACAAUUUGACUUUUCACAUGCAUACUCAUAACGAUAAAAAGCCGUUUACUUGCCGGAUAUGCGGUAAAGGGUUUUGUCGAAAUUUUGAUUUAAAAAAGCAUAUGAGGAAGUUGCAUGAGAACUCUGGAGCCAACCUGGAACCAUCGGAUUAUGGACCUUUAGCCCCUUCUGGAGCCUCUUCCUCCGUUUACUCCCCUGACCAAGACAUUCAUCAUUUUAUCAGUCCUUUUAUGUCAGUUCCUGUGUAUACUUCGAAACUAUUGUGACCUCUUUGUUAAUAUUAAUUAUUGUAAAUAUUACGCCGCUAUAUAAAAAAGUAUUAGUACAUCAUAUAUUUAAUCACAUAAUAGUUUUUAAAUUAUAAUCUAUGUAUUAUUCGUAAAGUCAAAGUGUGUGCGUAUGAUGUCCCUUAAUAUUAUAGCGAUCUCGUUUUUAGCUGUAAGUAUUGUAGAUUACCUCAGUGAUAAUAUGAAUUUCUUAAUAAAAUAUGCCGUGGUAUUGUAUAGUAUGCAGCAUAAAGUGCAAUAAUAAAUUGUGCUAGUACUAUUAAUGUAAAAAUGGCAAACGCUAUGAUUAAGUUGGCUAUUACAAUUUCUUUUCCUUAGUGCCAUUUUAUGUUUUUAGUUCUGAUUCAAUGUUAUCUUCUUGAUGCAGAGGAGGAGGUUUUUCUGUAUUUGCAACAAAUCUUUGGAUUCGCGUUAUAUAAAAUGUUGCUUUUUUAGUGUACAUAACCGUUUGGCUAAAGUAAAUUCAUAAAAAAACUGUUCCUACUAUUUGUUGCAAUAUUCGAAAAAGUUCUGUUUAAGUAUAUAAAUGAAUAAAAGAAAUCUUUAUUGACAA